AUGUUGCCUUCUGGUGCGCUUGUCCUAAAUAGAAUGCCAUACUUUGACAGGUUACCCAAAAAGUUGACAGAGAAGUCGCACAGGUCACACGUGAAAGCGGAGGACGCCAUUUUGACAAAUGUGCCUUCCCAAUUAUUCCAAAUAUGGAUGAGAGAAAUACAUAGAGAAUUAUUGGCGCGCGUGGCGCUUCGCGUUGAGGAAAUGAUCACGAAAUGUACAGUAUGUGCUUUUCUGCCUACGCCUCUUACUGUUAAUCAUACAUUUGUGACAUGUACCGAGGUUACCCGACAUCGUCUCUCAACUAGAUCAAUGAAUCCAAAUUUAUCCCGAGCAUUUCUAAAAUCGCAUAACCACGAAUGGAAUGUCUUCUGGUGCCACAAUCGUCUCACUUUCGGGGAUACUCUAAUUCCAAAAAGGGAAUCUAGCCAAUUUAAAGUAUGUCAAAGAGAUCCUAAUCAUGAACAUUCUAAUUUGAAAUUGCCAAAAUGUAACACGAUUACGGACACCGGAACCCAAAGUGGGAUCUAUUUUCUCGUAGAAUUGGGAAUUUCAUACAUCAAACCGAUAAUGCAUCAAAAAUGUCAGCUAUCAUUCAUGCUUUAG